AUGCUCAAAGUCCAUGUGUUGAAAAUCUUGCUCAGUGCCACUACAUUCAUGGCUAGCCUUGAUAUUGCCCAGGGCUUAUCGGCUGAGGGAAACGAAUCUCUCAGUGAGGCACUUCCCGGUGUCGAUCUAGAGAAACGUCGGGAGAGAUUGAAGAAUCUCGGCAGGCUCUACUCUCAAAAGUAUAAUAUGACAAUGGUCAAACAAACACUGGCGGAAGGAGAUUUUGGAAAUGCAACGGAGGGAACAAGCGGACUGGAAACAGAGGACGUAACCACCGAUGUUAGCAACAGCCCUGAGCCAAGUCUAGAAGUGAUAAACGAGAAAGAAGGCAUGGCUGAGUACCUCUUCGAUGGAGAUAUCAACCUUACUGAGUAA